GCCCUUCUCAGCCACACCAGGAAUCUCCCUUCUUCGCAUUCCAAGCACAGAGUUUCUGCUCCCAACUUUGCCUCUGUCCUUUAAUCUACAUUACAACUCCUCUCAUGGCUUCUGAUUUUGGCCUUAAGACCUUCGUUGUCGUCCUUACAGUUACCUUCUUUGUGCAAGGAACUCUCGGAGAGAUAAUAUGUGAGAACCUGAACCAAGACACAUGUGCGUACGCAGUGUCGUCGUCGGGCAACCGCUGUGUGCUGGAGAAGCGUGUGAAAAGGAGCGGAGAAGAAGCAUACACAUGCGCCGCAUCUGAAAUAAAGGCCGAUAAAUCAAAGAACCAUGUGGAAACUGACCAGUGCAUCUCCGACUGUGGGCUUGACAGAAAAGUUCUCGGCAUCUCCUCUGACUCCCUCCUCGAAGCCAAGUUCACAGAAAAACUCUGCUCCGCCCAGUGCUACGAUAACUGCCCCAAUAUCGUCGAUCUUUAUUUCAAUCUAGCUGCCGGUGAAGGUGUGUUUCUUCCCAAGCUGUGUGAAGCAAGAGGAAAAAAUGCAAGAAGGGAAAUGUCUGAGAUUCGAAGCUCUGGUUUCGUUGCAGCAGGACCUGCCCAAGCUGUGAAGUUCUUGGCUGACCCAGUUCUGGCUCCGGCAGCUGCACCCAGUGUUUAGGUUUAAGAUUUUGUCCGUGUUGUGCAUGUGAGUCAUGGUAGAGCUAGCUAUCGGGUACGGGCGUCACCGGCAAGCUCCGAUUCUCAUGUGUUUUUACAAGGUUGCUUAGGGUGCCGUAAUUAAACAUGCUUAGUUAUCCUUAAUGUACAUGUGUUUUGUUUGUAUGGGUUAUAAGGGUGUUUGGUUUGCGGUGUAAAAUAAUUACUCUGAUAAUCUAUAUUUUAUUAUUUGUAUUA